GGAGGGAGGGGGGCCUCCUGGGCGGAAUGGCCUCGUGCGUGUCGCCCCUGGUUACCGGGAGCUGCUGCCUCGCGCGGGCCGCCGCGCGGCACGCCGCUCGCCGGGCUCAGGCCUCCGUCGCUUUGAGGAAAGCUUACACAGUUCAGGCAGCAGAGAAAGCAAUCCCUGGUAAUCUAACAGAAGCCAAUUCCAAAGCCUUGUCGAUUUGCAAUGGACCUUUAGAACAUUAUGACUUUCUGAUCAAAAACGAGGAACUGAAGAAUGAUGCGCAACAAAGGAAAGUCAUACAAUGCUUACAGAAGCUACACGAAAACCUUAAAAACUACAGCAUUAGUCCAAAACACAUAUUCUCAAAGUGGUUUACAAAAAACAAACCUCCUAAAGGCCUUUAUGUCUAUGGCGAUGUUGGUACAGGAAAGACAAUGGUGAUGGACAUUUUUUAUUCUCAGUUAGAAGUAGAAAGGAAAAAGAGAGUCCAUUUUCAUGGCUUCAUGUUAGACGUGCACAAAAGAAUACAUCGCCUUAAACAGAGUCUACCAAAAAGGAAGCCUGGAUUAAUGGCUAAAUCAUAUGACCCAAUAGCCCCUAUUGCUGCUGAAAUAAGUGAGGAGGCCUGUCUCCUCUGUUUUGAUGAAUUUCAGGUGACAGAUAUCGCUGAUGCCAUGAUUCUCAAGCAGCUUUUUGAAAACCUGUUCCAAAGUGGUGUUGUUGUUGUGGCAACAUCCAACAGGCCCCCAGAAGACCUCUAUAAAAAUGGACUCCAGAGAGUUAAUUUUAUUCCAUUCAUUGCUGUGUUGAAGAAAUAUUGCAAUACUAUCCAACUGGAUUCUGGAAUAGACUACAGGAAACGAGUACUACCUGCGGCAGGGAAGCUAUACUACCUCACAAGUGAGGCUGAUGUGGAGGCUGUCAUGGAUAAGUUGUUUGAUGAGCUGGCUCAAAAACAAAAUGAUUUAACUAGACCAAGGAUUUUAAAAGUACAAGGCAGAGGGCUGAGAGUGAAUAAAGCAUGUGGAACCAUUGCAGACUUCACAUUUGAAGAGCUGUGUGACAGACCACUUGGAGCCAGUGAUUAUUUGGAAAUAGCUACUAAUUUUGACCUAGUCUUUGUUCGUGACAUACCUCUUUUUACAAUGGCAAAAAGGACGCAAGCUCGACGUUUCAUUACUCUCAUUGAUACAUUUUAUGACAAGAAGGUGCGUAUUGUCUGUUCAGCAUCAGCUCCACUCGAAAGCAUAUUCAGUCAAGAACAGCACCAUGACAGCAGACUGGACGAAAGCAGGGUAUUGAUGGAUGAUUUGGGGUUGAGCCAGGAUUCAGCGAGCGCACUUUCUAUGUUUACGGGAGAAGAAGAGAUUUUUGCAUCUCAACGGACCAUCUCACGCCUCACCGAAAUGCAGACUGAACAGUACUGGAAUGAUGGGGACAGGAGCAAAAAACCUAUAUAGCUGUAAAGCCAGUAAAAAAACUAGAUAUGGAUCUUAUGAAGAAAAAAAGUUCUAAAUUGUACAUUAUUUUUAGGUACUUUUUGUGCCAUUCCUGGGAGAAAGCAGUAUACAAACAAAAUAUACUAUUAAUAAAUUAAAGGCAUACUCGCCAAUAUUGUACUUUAGCACUGAAACCAUUGGGUUUUUGGGUUUUUUACAUUAAAACCAUUUUUACCAAUAUACUAAUGGAGAUCGAUUUUAUAGCUGUUUGGAUAUGAAAUUAUUUUCUCCAACGUAAUAUGAAGCCUUAAUGAAGAAUCAAAGUUGUGUUUCAGAUUGCAAAUUGAAUAGAAAUGACAGCAUUGUAUGUGUAUAGUAUCAGAGUAAAACAUGUAGUAUCAGAGUAAAACUUGUAAGCCAAUGGCUGGCACAAAUGAAAGGCAAAAACCAUAUUAUUUGAUUGUACAUAUACAUAUAUACAUACACAUUUGAUUACAAACCAGAUAUAAAAUUAUCCCAGGUACUCUUGUUUUUUUUUCUUUUUAAACACUUUUCUAAAAUUUGAUACUUGAUAUGUCAAUUUUCCUUCCACCUAACCUAUAGCCAUUAUGUGUACAUAUUUUUACAUCUUAUAGUACUGUUAACACAGUUUCUGCCAGUUCAAGUAUUUUUACUACCCAGUAAAACCAACACAUACUUUUAUGUGCUCACUGAAAAUUUGCUGGAUCCAUUCCUAAGCUGAAUGAAAGCCAAACAAGAGAUUUAACAGUGAUAAUAUUCGUUCUUCAUGUGCUUGUUUUCUUCACUAUUAAUCUUUUGAAGAAAAAAAGUUCUCAAGUGCCACAGUCUGAAGGAACUGAGUGUGUGUGUGUUUACAUGUAUGUGCAAUCUACUGCAUUGGUAAUAUAUAUCACCACUUCUACUUUUCUGUUGGUGGGAGGGAAUUCAACCAACAUGAGUUGAAUUCCACAAUGUCUUGAGGGCACUAGAAUAGUAAGGUCUAGCAGGUAAAAAUCUACCCCUACACACAUCUGGCAUACAAAUCAAUGGUCACUUCUGCCCAAUGAACCUGUGACACAAAGCAAUGGCUAAUAUCAAUGUAACACAGUCAUGUUCUUAUCUACUGGUACUUUCUGCAGCAGCGGAGGAAGCAAUUAUUGUGGGGAUGCACAACAUUAUAGAUAGAUCAGUGGAUGUGUCCAUAAGGCACUUGAUGUACAGCUGCCUUUAUACUGCUGGCCAGACAUCUGGAGGCAAACUGGACUUCAAGUAUCAUGGUCUUGACCUGAUCCACCAAUGCCACAUCCUUACCUCACUUACAUGACAAAGUGUAACACGCUCUUAAUUGUCCGAUGUUACUUAGAGCUAUUUGACACUCCAAAUGUGACUGAUUACUUUAGGGAUCUGUUUCUAAAGAAAAGGGUCAGUGUCACAAGAAUUACAGUUAGGGGGAAAAGAGCUUUGGAAAUUUCAGUUCUCACAUACUAUGAUAGAUAUUAGCAUUCAUUGCUUUAUCAUGGAUUAUUUCAUUCCAGUUGGAUGUGUGCAUGCUAAAAAUGUUAUCAAGGUUAAUUUGAUAUUGUACGCAGCCCAGAAAUAACGUAUUCCCCAAAGGAUUAUAAGUAUAACUCACUGCUUAUAAUGUCUCCAUUUUAAAAUAAUAGUUAUACUUUUCAAGAGAAUGUUCUAAAACUGACAUUCUGCUAUUAACAUCUGAAAGAUAGAAAUAUGUAUUACCUGCAAGUUGUAAGAGACCAGUAUGACAGUGGAAGCAUAUAAAGUACUAUAAGCUUAAUAUGAAAGCAUCUUGCUCCACCAAGUGGUCAAUUCUAUUUCUUGUCAAUUAAUUAUAAUCGAACACUAGGCUUGAUCGAUCCAUGAAAAAUUUGAUUCUAAACUCGUUUCAAAACUAGAGGGGGCAGUUUUUCGUUUUUGUUGCUAUUUACGAAUUUUGUCCCCAAAAUUUUUCGAAAUUAACGAAAAUUCGUUAUUUUCGAAAUUAAUUCGUUAAUGGCGGACGCGCAUGCGCGGUCGCCCAAAAACAGCCCCGGGGGGGGGGGGGUCGGGGGCUCUCCUGCUCUCAUUUUUUCAGCUAUACUGAUCAAAUUUGGUACAGUGGGAGAACACAAUCCACCCUGCUUGUUUGCUAAAUUGCAGAGCGUUUGCCCUUUCCUAAGAUUUAUUGCACAAUUUUAUAGUUUACUGUGCCCGGCCACGCGUUGCUGUGGUGUAUGGGAAUUCUUUGUUAGGUAGGUGGAAUAACAGUGAAUAAUAGCUUUGUAGCCUGAAAGCCUGGCCAUUUUCUUAUGGGAAUCCUUGUUUGGUGAGGUGGAAUAGAAAGGAAUAGGCUUGCUGCUUGGAAGGUUAGGUAGUUGCCUUUUAGGGGGGUAGAAUUGUAAUGAAUAGCCUCGGUGGUUCAAAGCCUGGGUGCUUGCUAUCUAGGGGAAAUCUUUGGUUGGUCAGAUUCAGAGUAGUAUCACUGUUUCAAAGCCUGGUCGCCUUUUUCGAAGGUUAAUCUUUUAUUGGUCUGGUUGAAUUGCACUGAAUAUCCUUGCAGCUCAAAAGUCUGGCUGUAUUUAUUAUUUUGUAUUAUAUAUAUUACUAAAUAUAGAAAGCAUGGCACAUUG